AUGUCUGCAAAAUUGUCUAUCCGCCGACUGCGCUUCGUCGCCCUGUUUAUCUUCUCCACCUCCUUAUUCACCCUUCUCUACGGAUUCUACCACUAUGAAACUCACAUAGAGCUCGCCUUCUAUUCCAGGGACUGGGUCCACCAAGAAAUAUUGCCCACCGAACCACUCUCUGGAUGUUUCGAUCCAUCCAGGGUCAGCCCAAAGUACAACGUAUCCGAGGCGGUAUAUGGGCCAAAGAAGACAGAGGUGCAGGCCGGACUGCAGCUGAGGAUGGGUUUGGAUUGUUAUGACCUCGCUGGGACCAUACGCAGUGACGGCAGUACACGCACACCUGACGUCCCUAUACCCGGCGACGAGCGAAUCCAGUACCACACCUAUUGGCGUGUGGACCUUGCUGCCUUUGGGCCUCGGCAGGAAUACAUGCUCAAAUCCUUCUUCGCCACCCAAAACAUCCACACCUCGCGCCUUAUCUUAUGGUCGAACGGUGACCUCUCUGCCAACGACAUCUUGGCCGGGUAUGUGAAGCGUUACCCCGACGCCUUUGCUCUCAAAUUCGUCGAUAUCCCUGCUUUGGCGGUAGGAACAGAGUUAGAUGGCAGCGACUUGUUGCGUCGUAAAGACGAGAAAGCGUGGGUUGAUGGCGACCUCAUUCGCCUGCUCCUGCUUUGGAAUUACGGCGGUGUAUGGAUCGAUAUGGACUCGUUACUUACGCGAGACCUCGAUCCCCUACUUGAACACGAGUUCGUCACUCAGUGGGACUGUUAUGACAAAGUAUACCAGCCAUUCAAUGGUGCCCUCAUGCGCUUCCGUCAGCACUCACCCUACGUCUGUGAAGCGUUCCAUAUCAUGGCCACUGGAACCACGCCUCGUGCUGAUUCUACUGACUGGGGGUCCACGCUUUACUUCAAGUUAUGGCGUCGAUUAGUCGUGGGCUCCAUACCUCCCUUCAAGGUCCUUCCGUUCUGUUUCAGCGAUGGGAGGUCAUGUAGGUUGGAUAAUCGGCUACCUGAUCCGUUCGUGGCGGACGACGCCAAAGGCAAGUGGACGAUGGGACUUGGAAUGGAGGAGGGAGGUCCAUUGGACAAGGUCCUAGGGAAUGUGUUUGGACUACACUUGCACAACCAGUGGGAUAAGGCCUUCCCCAAGGGCGGUUGGGUUGACAGAUUGCUACUGAAGCGCUACGAUAGAAAGUUGUCCACCUAG